CCGCGAGAUAUGUUGCACACGAUUAAAAAAACGUCAUUUUUUUAGGAAAUUUCGUGACUUUGGAUCGAAAUUACGUUCAAAACAUUUUCGUUUGGGAAUGCAUGAGAUGAUCGAGUGAUGUAAACGAGAAUGUGCAGUUGUUGACCAAAAAUGGCAGAAGCAGGACAGCAGGGAAAAUCAAUCGAAGGUGCCGAAAAGGAAGUUCUGAAAGAAAUUGCUUGCCUAGGGCGUUUUGAAAACUAUGAGAAUGCGGAUGUUGCUUGCGUCCUAGUUAUAAGUUACGAAUUUAAAAAUAAAGAAAAUUGGCGUGAGGGAAAUGAAGAAGACCGAAGAAUAUUGAAAGAAGCCUUCGCUGACAAAAGAAAGUGUAAAUUUCAGGAUCUGCAAUCGCCAACAAAUUCUAGAAUACUUGAAAUUCUAUCAAAUGAGGUGGAAUUUAAAAAAAUGUUCGAAAUACCAGAAAUCCCAUCAGUAUUUUUCCUCUUCAUCUUUUCUCACGGAACUGCAAACAACAUAAUUGAAACAGACCUCGAGGAUAAUGAACUGAUGAGCACGACGUAUAUAAUAGAAGCGAUAAAGAAGACGCCCAAUUUAAAGAAUGCACUCAAUGUCAUUUUCUUUGGCCCUUGCCGGGGAGAUCUCAACGAUGAUGCGUACAAUAAGAAGAAGAAGUAUGAGAAUUUUAAGAACGAAACUGCAAGUAAAGUUACCAACAUGCCCGAUGCUGAGAAUUUUGUGCUUGUUUAUGCUGCAGUCGAAUCAAUGAAGUGCAUUAGGGAUUUACAAGCCGGUACAAGGUUGGCUCAAGAAAUUUGCAAGAUAUUAAAUUCUCUUGAGGAAGAUGUUCCGUUAGAGACGUUUCUGAGCAAAUUCAACCAGGCAAUUCACAACCUGCGAGAUAAAACGAGCCAGACACCGGAGGUCAAAUACACUCCGCACAGGAAAUUCGUGAUUAGCAAGGCCGCUUCUCCAUGCAAGGAGGGCGCACAAGCGGAUGCAGUUGGAGGUAGCUUAGCGGAUAUAAUUCCUGCUGGACGAACUGGAUUCUUUAAUUGGAAAUGUGAUCAUAGCUCAACAGCUGUUCGAAGAAAAUGGGCUGUGAUAUUCUGUUGCACUGAGAAAUCCAACCAACUUGUUUUGCGCGCAGAAAAAGCACUUCGUGAAAAUUUGGACUUUGAGACCAAAAUACUAGACAAUACCUUUGAGAAUCUUCAGGCUGUUUUAAAAAAAAUCAAAGGAGAACCAAGUGAUGUCGGUUGCUUUUUGAUGCUUUGUCUUGCUCCACUGUCUUUGGAUGCAGGAAAAGAGGUCUGCGUCAGUUUUAAAAGUGUGUGGGUUAAAGUUGGUGACAUUGUCUACAAAUUCUAUGGACCUAGAAAUCCGAGGUGGAUUGCAAGACCAAAAAUUUUCUUUUUUGUGAACCACGUUGGAGAACUUCCCACUAAUUCAGAAGUAACACAAAUUCCGAGCAACGACCAGGAUAUUCCAAAUCCACACAAUGGAAUCGUGGAAUCAUCAGAUUUUGAGCUGCAAGGAACCAACCAUUCAGGAUCGUGUGUGUGUAUCCUCAACGCUCCUGGGUCCGAUGUCCUUGAAGAUCUCAUCAAGGUUUUUGAAAACUCUGCUCUUUCGAGUAACGAUCAGAAUGACCAGGCACACAUUCUUGAAAAAGCCUUGGAUCUUGUUCGGCGCAAAAGCGUUGGCAAUGAGAAUUGCCCAAUCAAUGAGAAUUGCCCAAUCAAUGAGAAUUGCCCAAUCAAUGAGAAUUGCCCAAUCAAUGAAAAUUGCCCAAUCAAUGAGAAUUGCCCAAUCAAUGAGAAUUGCCCAAUCAAUGAAAAUUGCCCAAUCAAUGAGAAUUGCCCAAUCAAUGAGAAUUGCCCAAACAAAGAGAAUCGCCCAAUAAUUUCACAAAUUUCAACCACUCUUCACUGUUUGGUUGACUUUCAACGGGGGCAUUCAUACUUUGUUGAGCCUAAUUUCAAAAUUACAAGUAAAGUCUGUGGAAAGUUCGAAAUCUUUUCCAAUGAAAUGAGAUGGUCAUUUGAUCAUCUUAAAAAAGAAAUGAAACGGAAUCUGCUCGACAACGAUAAUGACUACGCUGUAUGGAUAAUUUCCUCUAUCUCUGGUUCAGGAAAAACCUCGGUUAUCAAAGAGCUUACACGCUUCUUCACCAAAUGUCAGAGGGGGAAAAAUAUUGUCCCUUUUCUGCUUCAGGAAAAAUAUUUUGAGAGUGCUAGUGAUAGUGAUCUUUCAGUAGAAGAGCUUUUGAAAAAUUCAAGUGGAUUCAUUCUAAACGAGGACGAACUGCUAAAAAAUAAGGAACUAGUGUUACUUCUUGACGGUUUUGACGACAUUUGUCUCAAAUUCCGCAGCAAGGCGCUAAAACUGAUUUGGAAAAUGAUAGAGCGUCAAAUACCUCUAGUUAUUGCAACUCAACCUCACGAGGAAGAGAUGAUAAUGCACAAUCUGAAAAACGUAUCAACUUUUAAGGUUGAAAUUGAACCGUUAACUAGCGAAGACCAAGAUAACCUAAUUAGAAAAUUGAGUUUGUUUAAUGAAAAAGAAGAGGAAAACAAGUUCAUAAAAAAGAUCAAUGAUUUACGACCCUUAAAAAUUUUUGAUAACCCUUCCCAAUUAAAGCUCAUUGCUGAAAUGCGGCCGGAUCUCUCGAAAUUAUAUUACCUACACAAAGAAGUUAACAGGAAGAAGAUUGAGAGUGCCGUGGCUCGACAAGAGCAAAAUUCGACCAGCGUAGAGAAUUACAAAAUGAAAAAUUUAAUGCUUUUUCAAGCAGAAUGCAAUAAAAUGGAAACAUUUCAAGAAAACUUGGCCAUUCAAGCGUUAAUUUGUGACAGAAGUCGUCAAUGCAAUGCCAAUGACGCGAGAAUCGUAAAAAGUGAGCGUGAAAAUGACUCAAGAUAUCUUCAUCCAUCGAUAGCUUCGUUCCUUGUGACCAAUAGGUUUCUGAAAGAGCUGGCGGGUAAUCAAUCGGAUUCAAAUAUACCGAUUUUUACCGGCAAAAAUUUGAGUCAAUGCCGGAAGUUAUACAAUAGUUUGUUAUAUUCAGAUCACGAACAAGGCGAGAAAUUUAAAAUAUAUUUAAAAAAACUACCAAUAAUUCGUGUGCUCCAUGUGGUGGUUAAAGAAGGGCUAUGGUAUAUUUUCCAAUAUAUUGUGCCGCAUUUGGUUUUUCAGAAAUUGAAAUUAUCGGCAGUCUCAGGAGAUCAAUAUUAUGUAAGCGACGGCUUCAAGCUGCUCGAAAUUGCUUGUGGAACUUGCGAGGAAAUGGCAAUUAAAUUGCUGGAAAUGGGAGCCCAUGAAGAAUGCAUCGAUAAUGAAAAAGAAGAAAAACUAUGCAAAUUGGUUGGAAAAAUGGCAUCAAAAAAUUACUUAGAGCUUUUUGAAAAACUUAAAAAACUCUUCCCAGAUCUGAAAGAAUUAUUGAAUUCCAGCGACACUUUAGCUCUGUUGAUUUCUGCUGAACACGAAAUGGUAACACUGCACUUCACCAUGCCAGUAGAAAAGGACACUUGAAUUGUGUUAGGGAAAUUCUCAACAGCGCAACCUCCACAAAAACAAUAAGCGUAUGUAAUUAUCCAGAGGGCAACGCUUCCUCUGAAACGAUCUAUAUGCCAUGCCCCAGUUCCGGGGUGGUCAACGCCCAAAACAAAUUU